AAAGAGUUGUGGUUAGAGCCAACGCGAGCCGCUCCCAGUUCGCGGUCCUUCGAAAAGAAAGAUGGCUGCUCCCUGGAGCGGGCAGGUGUUGCACAGCGGCCAGGUGCCCAUAGAGAUCCUCCAAUGGAAGAUCCGAUCGGGCAGUCGGAUCUCCCACGGCACGGGCCUGCUCAUGUACCGCCGGCUCAACGGGGGUCUGAACGCAACCCCGUGCAAGCUCAAGUCCGCCCACGACGGGACCGUGCGAACGCUCAUCGCCAAGGAAGGCUGCGUCGUGCAGCCCGGGGACGUCCUUCUGGAGCUGUCCCAGUGCAGCCACCCGGUGGUCAUGAAGGACCUGUGCGCCGAGUGCGGAGCUGACCUUAGGCAACUCGGGGAUCUGACACCUGCUUCGGUCAGCAUGAUCCAUAACGUGCCAGAGCUACGGGUCUCCCAAGAGCAAGCCCGGCAGCUGGGCAAGGCGGACGAGGAGCGACUGCGGCGCUCGCGCAAGCUGGUGCUGCUUGUGGACCUGGACCAGACGCUGGUGCACACCACUAGCGACAAUGUGCCGGCAGACAUGCAGGGGGUGCACCACUUUCAGCUCUACGGACCUCACUCCCCCUGGUACCACACGAGGGUUCGGCCGGGAACGCGCCACUUCCUCGACCAGGUGUCGGAACUGUACGAGCUGCACAUCUGCACGUUUGGGGCGCGUCCGUACGCGCACGCCAUUGCGUCGCUGCUGGACCCUGAGGGGCGCUUCUUCUCGCACCGCAUCCUGUCCCGGGACGAGUGCUUCAACCCCUGUUCCAAGACGGGCAACCUCAGGGCGCUGUUCCCGUGCGGGGACUCGAUGGUCUGCAUCAUCGACGACCGGGAGGACGUGUGGAGCUACGCACCCAACCUGGUGGCCGUCAAGCCCUACCUCUUCUUCAAGGACACGGGAGACAUCAAUGCUCCCCCAACCUCGCAGGAAGCCGCCGAGAACGCGAAAUGGACCAGGGCCGGCGGGCGGACUGCGGAGGAGAGCCUCCCGACACGGUGCGGGGGCGCAGAAACCGAAGGUGCAACGGCCGGGCAGCGGGGUUCGUCUAAGGGGUCCGCCGAACGACCUGAUGCCGAACAACCCGUUGACCGAGAGCACGGCGAUCAGGACGUCCCAGAAACGUGCGUCUCUCCCGAAGAUACGCCGGGGUCUCCGAAAGACGAUUCUAAGGUCGUCGAGGAGGAGGACGACUCCAGUAAAGAACCGGGGCAGGUCUCGAGUUUUCGAGAGGGUCCUUCCGAGAGGACUCCAGGAAAAGCGACAGUUGACGACAACGGUAGCGGUGCCGUCGCCGAAAGCGCUGUCAAGACGGGAAAACUCGGAGAACUUUCAGACUGCGACGGAGGUACGGUCGGGGAAACCGGCGACCUUCCGACCGGUGUCAGAUCGGUGGAAUAUGAGGAAAAGCUCGCAAACGAAGCCAAGGAUGACCAUCCGCCCCAGUCGUUGGAGAGCGGCGACGGCAAAGAAGCCAGGGAUGACGGAGAGUGCGGGGAAGAACACAAAGGUGGGGCUGGGGAACCUGAAACCGUGGCAGAGAAGUCCAGUGAGGGAACAACCUGCGAUGCGGAACCCGAACGCGUGUUGAAGUCUGGCCAGGAAACAUCCGGUGAUCCAGAACUCGAACCUGUCACAAAGUCUGGCGAGGAGGACAAAGCUGAGCGAGAAAAUGACACUUGCGAAGCACCCAAGGACGACGAGGAGAAUACACCUGGCGAUGUGGAACUCAAACUCGUAGAGAAGUCCGGCGAGGAAACGUCUGGCGAUGCCGGCGAGAAGGACCGGGCGAAGCGGGAAAGCAUGGAGGACAACGGCCUGGCAGCAACGCCGGAGGAGGAGGAGGAGAAGCCCCUCAAGGAGAGGGAGGUAGUGGAGGACUCGGACGACUACCUGCUCUACCUGGAGGAGAUCCUGCGGACGAUCCACGAGGCGUAUUACGCUCUGCACGACCAGAUGGGCUCCUCGAGGGCCGACCGCAUACCGGACCUGAAGCACGUGGUGCCCUACGUGCGCCGCAAGGUGCUCAAGGGCUCCCACCUGGUCUUCUCCGGGGUGGUGCCCACCAACCAGGAGCCCGAGAAGAGCCGGGCGUGGCAGACGGCACGCGCCCUGGGUGCCCGGGUGUCCUCCGACCUGUGCCCCGGGGUGACCCACCUGGUGGCGGCCCGGCCAGGCACGGCCAAGGUGAACCGGGCACGCCGGACACGCCAGCUGCACGUGGUGAGCCCCGCCUGGCUCUGGUGCUGCGCCGAGCGCUGGGAGCACGUGCACGAGGCACUCUUCCCCCUGGAGGCUGAGGCACCUGCGGAGGCCAGGAGGGCCCAGAGGCUGCCCUCGACAGCAGCGACCGCCAGGGCAGCCGAGCCUCGUCGGGAAGAGGCGGCAGCCGCCGACCCAACGAGAGAGGCAGCCGCGCCCGUCUACGACGCCGUCACGGGCAAGCGGAUCUGGCGGAACGGACCGCAGCAGCAGCGGGACGUCGCAGAAGCCGGGCCGGUGGCCCCUUUGCGUGAGCAGAGCAACCCGCACCUGAGCAUGUCCUCGGACCAGCUGCGGGACAUGGACCGGGAGGUGGACGACGCCUGCAGCGAGGGGGACGAGGACGACGAGGGGGAGGGGGACGCCCGCCCGGGCGACUCGGACUCCUCCGCCGAGAGCCUCUCGGGCGGACAUUGCCCGCGCGGCUGGCGCAAGCGGCGCAGGAAAGGGGCCGAAGACGACGACGACGACGAGCCGGCCGCAAAGUCGGCCCGGUGCAGGCCGGCCGAGGACAGUGAUCGGGGGUCCCGUGCUGACGACGACUCGUCGGAGGCCGAGUCCGUGGGCUCGGUCGACGAGGAGAUGGCGGCCGCUGUGGAACGCGAGUUCCUCGGACUCUAGCCGCAGUGGAUGACGGUACAUUCACCGGACUGGUGUGCCGGUGACUCAGCGGGUGCGUCGGAUGUUCGUCAACGAUUUUCCAGCCACAUCUGGGAUAUGUUGGCGGUUUGCGGGGGGCGUUUGUGAUUCGCCGGUGAUUUGCUGGGUGCAUCCGUAUUCGUCGGCAGUUCGAUGGGUACAUUGAAUAUUCGUUCACCGGGUGUGUCGGGGAUUCGUCGGCGAUUUCCUGGCUGCAGUAGGUUCGGUCGCUCGCUCAUGCGUAACUUAUUAACUAGCUGGCCCGGACAGCAAACUGUGCGGUUUGGCACUGCGUCACUUGCGAGCCACAAACUCUUGUUUUAGGAGCCAAGUAUGGCUUGGUGCACGUGCCAACGUCAUACUGUGCGAGGUUGCAGCUCCGAUUGCAAUCUGUCUACUUUCGGGCAGCCCUUGGUGCUCCAGCGUAAGCUUUUCGCUUAUCCGUUACAAAAGAAUCAGUGGAUUUAACCGUCCCGCCGACGUCUUCUUCGUGAAACCGAGUUGUUGUUUUUUAGUUGUUUUGGCUCAUUCUCACGUGUUUGCCUCGAUGCUGCAUCGCGCGUAUGACGAUUGUUCUUAGCAUCCGUUCCAGUGGCAUUCUGAGAGCUGGCGACUACUGCAACGGCAGUUUGGGCAGUACGUUGCCAUCGCCGUCCUUGGAAUAAACCUGGGAGCGAGGCCACUGCAGUGGCAUUUGGCAACCAAGCUCUGCUCAGAGCCCGUGUUUUGUGUCGCUGGUUACGCCGAAGCAUUUUACGAAAUUCUACUGGCACUGUCAUCGGCAUGUUUUCUCGAGCGGCGUUUCGCCCUGUGCAGUCUCUUGCAGGUGAGGAACACACCUACAGCUUUCAAGGUCCUUCCCGGUAGCUUUGGCACAUGCUCAUACAGUGCCUUAAGCUUAACUGGCCAAGUUGAUUGUAUUUCAGAGCAUGGUUACAAUAACUACGCAAGCUUUCGAUGCCCGUAUUGUUCUAGAAAAGCAUAACUUGCUGAAACUCGCUUUUGACGAGCACAUGGUAACAACAGUGUCCGUACAGGUUACCAGUCUGCAGUGUCCUUCAACUUACUGGAAAUGGAGUGACAUGGCUCAUUCUCCCAUGUUCUAGUUUGCUGUACUUCCAGCAAAACACACGGGCAGUCGACGAAGUCAGGCUGGCACCAACAUACGGGAACAUACUUCAUACAUCUCCAGGAGAAAAGGGUUGGCUCAACUAUGGGCUUGCUUUGGCUAGGGAAUGGGCUCAUUGUCUAGUAUACGUGCUCACAUAGUUGGUUAACAAGAAUGUGGUUGGCCCAUACUAAGCAA